UGCGCGGGCGAGGAGGAGGAGGCGGCAUGGCUGCUGCUGGCCCCCCGGACUCGGCGGCGGCGGCGGCGGCCUCUCGGUCAGCAGCGGCGCCGCGCUUCGCGGUGCAGCUGCGCCUGGUGAGCGAGGAGCAGCUGGCGCAGCAGGGCCCGAUCCUGCCCCGCGCCGGGGCCAAGGCGAAGGCGCUCCGCCUGCAGCUGCAGCCGCGAGACGGAGAAGCCGAGCUGGCCGUGACCGACGACGACGCUGAUGGCGUUUGCGUGUUUAAAUGCAUGGUUAACAAGGAUACGGAAUAUUGCCGUGUGGGAAAAGAGUCCGUCUUGAUAUCACUCGGCUAUAACAAUGCCUUACUUCAGUUCAGGUCCCACUCUGAAUAUAGCAUGUUUUCAAAUGUGCUGAAGAACUGCAGGAAUUGGAAUAAGGAGCCCUCUGUUUUCAAUCAGAGAACCGAAGACUCCUCUGCAGCUCAAUAUUUUCAGGUAGAGCUCCAUUGCAUCACAAACCUAGAAGAGUUUUAUGGCUGCUUAUCCCAGCAACAAAACAUGAUGCAGGAUUUUGUGCGGACGGCCACAUAUCACAGAGCAAUACUACAGAACCAUAUAGAUUUUAAAGAUAAGGUGAUCCUAGACGUUGGCUGUGGAUCAGGAAUCCUGUCGUUUUUUGCUGUGCAGGCUGGAGCCAAAAAGGUCUAUGCAGUGGAAGCCAGCUCUGUGGCCAAAUAUGCUGAGAUUCUAGUACAAAGUAACAAUCUCUCUGAUAAGAUCAGCGUUUUGACGGGAAAAAUUGAGGAAAUCUCCCUGCCUGAGAAUGUCGACGUCAUUGUUUCUGAGCCAAUGGGUUAUAUGCUCUUCAACGAGAGAAUGCUGGAAAGUUACCUCCACUCCAAGAAGUGGCUGAAGUCAAAUGGAAUGAUGUUUCCAACAUUUAGUGACAUUCAUUUGGCUCCUUUUUCCGAUGAACAGCUCUACAUGGAACACUACUCCAGAGCCAAUUUUUGGUACCAGCAGUGUUUUUAUGGAGUCAAUCUGUCCAGUCUCCGCAAUGCAGCUGUAGAUGAAUACUUUAGGCAACCUAUUGUAGAUACAUUUGACAUAAGAAUUUUAAUGGCCCGGACAGUGAAAUACACGGUCAAUUUUACAGACGCAGAAGAGGAAGAUUUGCAUAGAGUGGAAAUCCCCUUUGUUUUCCAAAUGAUGCAGUCUGGGCUAAUCCAUGGUUUGGCCUUCUGGUUUGAUGUGGCAUUUGUCGGCUCGCUGGUGACGGUUUGGCUCUCGACUGCCCCCACGGAGCCUCUGACUCACUGGUAUCAAGUCCGCUGCCUUCUCCAAACUCCCCUCUUUGCCAAAGAAGGGGAAACUCUUUCAGGGAAAGUCCUGUUCGUGGCAAAUAAACGGCAGAGUUACGACAUCCAAAUUGUUGCUGUAGUGGAUGAAACGGGCUUUAAGUCAGGCAAUGUCCUUGAUUUAAAGAAUCCAUUUUUUAGAUAUGCUUAGAUUGCAAUCUGCACCUGCUGGGAGAAAAACCAGGAUUACCAAACCAAGUAGCCCACAAGAAGUUGAAAGAGAGAAUACCGAGCAGGUUCCUUCUUCUGUGAAACCUAACUGUACAUAUCAAAAGGAAAUAUUUUAUGCAAAUUGUAUAAAAAUAUGUUUGUGCUAUUUCAUGAACCCCUUUUUUUCCAAAGCUGGGCACCCCAUUCUUUAAACAUGGCUGCCUGGAAGUAUUUUUUCCCCUGCGUCCAACAGUGUUUUCUUGCAUUUCUUUGGAAAUCCUCCCCACUUAAAACAAUGGAAACUGGGCUGCAACUUGCACCCCCCUCUCCUGCCUGGCAAGGAGUCAGGGCUGCUGGGAGUUGCAGCUGACAGCAUCUGAAGCAUCCCUCCUGGUCUCCUCUUGGCCUUCAGGAGGGGAAUGCUGCUCACAUCUUUGAAUGACGGUGUCCUUUGUUCCAAAGGUACCAAAAGAGUAUUGGUAUCUGAUGGGCUGGGGGAAUUCCUUUUUUUCCAGUUUGCCUAAGGCUGAUGCUCCUUGCCCCCCCGCCUCCUUCCCUCCCUUAAGGAAUAUUCUUAACCAAGCCUACCUCAUGUUUGUACACAUACAUAGGAUGUAUGGGAAUCCUGCGGACAAUACACCAAGCUCAUACUCAAUGGUUCAGUACCGGUAUUUGCAAGAGGUAUUUAAAUAUCUGGAGCUUAUUUUCAGCUGGCCAAUAAUGAACCUUUUCCGCCUCAGAGCAAUAUGGCGCUAGGCUCACCACCCAACCAACGUCUCUAACCUGCAUUGUUUUCAAGCAAUCCUGAACGGUCUUGAGUCCGUCGGCCAGUGACCCUCUUUCGGCAAACCCUUUGGAGAAGAAGGCCAACAGCAGACGACUCUGCCGCCCAUCCUUCUGUAUGGUUCCUACUUUCUGUAGAUAGCACAGCUGCGAUUGUACAUUUAAUCUUUCCAAUAAAAUUUAAAUACGAAAUACAA